UUGGGACUGGCACCGGGGGGGACGCUGUCAUCUGCCUAGCAGAGCUGAAACUGGGCUUCAUGGCUCAGGGCUGCAUGGUGCCAGGGCUCUCCACACUGCUAGCUAACCUGUUCACAAUGCAGAGCCCAGCACAGGCUCAGCCUGGCAGCUGGCGCAGUCACUACAAGCUGGGUCUGUACAAUGAGGUUUACACUGAAGAGCUGUCCAGAGACUUCACAGGCAAACACUUCGACAAGGUGUGCAGGGAUGACCUACAGACGCACCCCGCCUGGGAGGUCAAGGGUCAGCUGGACUCCACAGGGAUUUUUCACUGGUGCCAGCCCGUCCCUCUGGAGAGCAUCACUCCGGUGUGUGUGUGCGUGCGUUUCUCUCUAUGCUGGCUGUGUUUUUGUUAAGAUGUAAGAUGAAGAUGUCUCUCUCUCCCCUGUAGAGCCGCAGUGCUGCUUGCUGUCUCCCCCUGCAGGAUCACGUGCUGGUGUGCAUGUUUGGGGACGAGCGCUCGCCUCUGCUGGGACUGCACAAUCUGGUGAUGCCACUGCGCGCCAGGAACCUGAUCAGGGCAGAGCUGCACACUGUGCUGCUGCUCGGCUCCCUGCACUACCUCCAGCGGGAGAGGGAGCACAUCCACUACUUCCCCAGGAUUUACAUCUUACCGGUGGGGAGCUCAGCUGCCAUGACCGGGGCUUGGAACCAGGCUCAAUUCCUGUCUUUACAAUUCCCAAUUCCUUUUUAAAAUCGAUUCCCAAUUCCAACGCCUUGCCCAUUUCUAAUUCCUUUUUAAAACCAGUUCUGUUUUUUAAUCAG